AUGCUUAUGAGUACUGUGAUAGUACAGGACCGAGUGCUAAAGCGUGGCCUUACACUACUGGAAGGUCGUUCGUCUGAUCCUGACAUGGGAAAUAUGAAGCAGGAAACGCAGUCGGUUACACCGUCGAUGAGUUCGGUGAUGUCUCAGAUCCGCAAAUGUGUUGUGGGUGAUGAGGUAUAUUCAUCGGAGGAUGAAUUAGAACCUCUGCAAGAGCUGGGAAUGAAGAGGAAACUCUCAGAGGAGACUACAACAACUUUAAGUACUAUGGCGAGUGAUGAGUCCCAUCCUUUGGCUGUAGCAAGUGUCGGAGAGAGACCGGAUUCCCCUCAGCCGGUUUUCAAAAGCCUGAACAUGAUAGACCUCGAUUUGGAGUGUGAAUGGACCGUGGAAGAUAUUGUACAACGUUAUAGACCAGUUUAUGAGAGAAGAGUACGACGUUCCUCCGUGGAUUUUGAGAUUAAUCGCGAUAGGCGUAACAGUCAAACAAGACUCUACAGCGAUCGGGUUGAAUUGGAACAAUGGCCAUCUGCUGAAGAGAACCCAGUGGUGCAGGACUCGCAUGAACUGGUAGUACCGAACCGCAGAACCCGUCAGAGGUCUUUAAAUCCAAAUUUCUUUAAACUUUACGCUAUGGAAAUGUCCUGUAAGAACAACAGACUACUUCCUGACAUAAACGUCGAUGAACAAAUCCUUUCGCGACUGAGCUAUAAGGAAAUUCAAGCACUUGACAUCCAGGCUAGUCUCACCGAGCAGGAGCAUGUAACUGCUGAUGGAAUCCGUUUAGCACUCGUUACUCGCAAGAAACUAUGGUCAGAUAUGGUUCCCGAACAAAGACAGGACCUGUUCGGCGAAUCGGUACCCUGGAACCUCAAAUUUGUAGCUCACGAGGACCAGCCAUCAGAGGAGACUAAAGAAAGCUCACUCGUACGAGUGGAAUCUGACCUAAAACCGUGGUUAUUUGACGAUAAUCUAGUACACAACAAAAUGCUAAAACCAUGUGGUAAACUGCGACUGGGGGCCUCUCCAGCAACCGGCGAAAUCCAAUACGUGGUUAAAGGCUGGUGUGACAAGAGAUUUGCCCCAUUGACCUAA